GGGAGGAGUGGGUGGUCAUCAAGGAAAUGUACGGAGCAGCCUGUUCCGAUGAACCGUGGAAGCAGCGAUGCGACUUGAGCUCCUGAAACAGAGCUCAAGAGCCUUGUGGGUGGGACCUCCAUGGCCCCCACAUACAGCUUCUUACUUAUGCUGUCAGGCGACUUCACACAUCUCGGCACACUUUUCUACACCACAUCCUGCGUCCCCAGUUCCUACCUUACCCUCCUUUUUAUACACCAUUCACUGCCCCAUCCCCACGUAUACCUUCGUAACUGACUUUUCAACACCCUGUGAACUCGUUACCUUGCAAUGCUGUAGCUCCAGCUCACACGCCUCUGGGCAUCUGCCUGGAUCUGUCUGGUGAAAGAAACUAGGAUGGCCUGUGAGCCCAUAGAACCCCUAGAAAAGUCAGCUUUAUAUUGGGACCAACGGGAAAUUACAGGGAGUAAUGUGAGGAUUGUUGCUUUUCUGGAAGCUAACACAUAGUCAGUGCCAAAGUGGUGACAGAAGAAAUCUUGGGAGAAAGCAUUUUUGCUUGUACUUGACACCGUGCUGGGCCCACCAUGGCUCCUGUGAAGAUCAGCCACGUGGUAUCAUUUUCUUCUCAGGAUCCCAGAUAUCCUGUAGAGAACUUGCUAAACCCAGACAGUCCAAGGCGACCUUGGCUCAGCUGCCCUCAGGACAAAAGUGGGCAACUGAAAGUGGAACUACAGCUGGAGAGGGCAGUGCCCAUUGGCUACAUUGAUGUGGGUAACUGUGGCUGUGCAUUCCUGCAAAUUGAUGUGGGCCGUUCUUCCUGGCCUCUGGACAGACCUUUUGUCACCCUGCUCCCUGCAACCAUGCUAAUGUCUCUAACUGAUUCAAAGCAGGGGAAGAACCGCUCCAGGGUCCGCAUGUUUAAAGAUGUUGACUUCCUGGCUCCAGCCUCCGGAGAGUCAUGGGAUCGACUUCGCCUGACCUGCUCCCAACCCUUCACACGUCAUCAGUCCUUUGGCCUAGCCUUUCUACGGGUGCGUUCUUCUCUGGAUUCCUUAGAUGUUCCUGUGGAGGGUCCCUCAGCCCUUGUGAGCUCUGUGCUGAACCAGGGUUCUUCUGAUGCUCAGGAGUCUGGUCCUAGCCCCUGGCUAGCUAAUCCUUCCAUCCGGAGGACAUUCUUCCCACAUCCCCAUGCGGACACCAAGGAAAUUUCAGACCUCAGGAAUAUCCUAACACAGCUGCAGCCAGGGACUCUAGGGCGUUCAGCCCACAUGGUGCUUUCUGCUGCCCGCAGAGUACCUCCAGCCAGUGUGGCAAGCCCAAAGAACAGCCAUGCAGAACCAGGUCCCAGUCAUCCAGGCAGGGCAGAGCCCAGAGCAGAGGAGCAAAACUCUGAGAAUGAUGUGGGCAGGAUGAAAAGACGGAAAGUGCAGCACCAAAGGCCUUUAUCCAACUCUAAUUCUCGGCCAAACAGGAAGGAGACAGCAAGAGCAGGGCAAAGAAAACAACACCAACCGCAGGCCCAAAGCAGUAGUGGCCAGGAUAGCAGACAGUGCCCCAUUUGUGCAGGCUCCUUCAGGAUUGAGAUUCUUCCCUGGCACGCUGCCACUUGCGGAGAGACCUCCCCACCUCACUCAGCUUCUCCCUCAUCCUCAUCAUCAUCGUCCCAGUCUGUACUGUGGGUAUCCUCCCCAGAGAAUUCACCCCCUAUCUCCUGGGUUCAGUGCCCUAUCUGCCAGUUGCAUUUCUCAGCAAGAGAAGUAGAAGAGCAUGCCAGCGUGUGUGGGGACUUCCUAUGACUCUAUGACUAAGAUUGAGACUAAAUCACUUGACAGCUGAGAAGGGCUGAUAAGGCCAAAGCUCCCUCUCUCUCCCCUCCUCUCCUUCCCUCAGGACUCUGCCUGAGAACACCUCUGUGCCUAACCUGAUCCCCAUUCCCAGUUGUCAAGGCUUCUGUGACCAUGGCACCUGAUUCUCCUAAGGCCAGCUCUGUUCUUUUCCCCCUUGGAAGUCUCCUUGGAACUUUUGGGCCUUGGGACACCAUCUAGAAUGUCUUUCUCUCUGUGAGUGGUGCACAUUCUCAUGCCCAUUUUCCUGAAAGGAAAACUGUAGGCCCAGUGAAGAGCAAAUGCUGCCUGACAAAUAAAAUCCUGUGGUAUGCUGGG